AUGUUCGUCUUACCACCUCCCCCGCCCCGCUAUACCAUCCCCGUCGCUUAUCAGGCGGGUGCGGCAAAUGGUAUGGCGGUUCCAGUCGUCGAAACCAACAACACCAUCACCCAUCCCGAAGGUGGAUGUCCAUUACAGGUCGGAGAAGCCCUGUUUCUUGCGUCAACGGUUGACUUCGACGUGCUAACUCGAGACGUCGCUGCAGGAACCUAUACACUCAAAGACGACCUUCUCCUGGCAACACCUCCACCUCAUCCAUCCGAAGCUCCAAUAGUGAAUCCGAACCCUCUUGCAACAGUUCCAUCGCCUCCGACCUGCGGAGUCAAGCUGUCUUUGGUCAGCCUCGAUCCUCGCAAGAAACCUCCCACCUUCUUGAAGGCUGCUGUUGUUGCCCCUCAAUUUGGUGAUGGAAAUCCAGCACUUGCACCGCCCGCUCCGCCAGCUAAGGAAAAGGAUGCGCAGAAAAGACGAAAGCCUAAAAACAACAUUAUCAAGAGCAGUUCCUCAUUUGUUUCUCGAGUCAUCACCCACGAGACCUCCACAAAGCGACUGAAUGACCGCGACCAAAACGGUGUUUUAGCCUUUGCCAACAUCAACCGAGCAUUCCAGUGGCUUGAUCUUUCCUCAGCACAAAAAGAGGAACACCUCACCAAAGUUCUUUUUACCAAAGCCCACAUGCUGUGCCACGACAUCAACGAAAUGACCAAGACUUCGUCCCAUUUGGACAUUGUGAUGGGCUCUUCUGCCGGCGAUAUCAUCUGGUAUGAGCCUAUGUCGCAGAAAUAUGCUCGUAUCAAUAAGAAUGGAGUGAUCAACAAUUCUCCAGUGACCCACAUUAAAUGGUUGCCCGGGUCUGAGAAUCUCUUCCUUGCGUCUCAUGCCAAUGGUGUUCUGGUGGUCUAUGAUAAGGAGAAGGAGGACGCCUUGUUUUCCCCUGAAACUCUGGCACACCCCGAGAAAGACCAAAGUCGGCUACCUCUUGAAAUCUUGAAAUCCGUGGAUUCGAGAAACCAAAAGUCGAACCCCCUUUCUCUAUGGAAGCUCGCCAAUCAGAAGAUCUCACAAUUUUCAUUCUCUCCGGAUCAGAGGCAUCUAGCCGUUGUCUUGGAGGAUGGAUCUCUUCGUCUGAUGGACUAUCUGAAAGAAGAGGUGCUCGAUAUCUUCCGCAGCUACUACGGAGGCCUAAUUUGUGUUUGCUGGUCCCCAGACGGAAAGUACAUCGUCACAGGUGGCCAAGAUGACCUCCUCACAAUCUGGUCAUUCCCAGAGCGCAAAAUCGUCGCAAGAUGCCAGGGCCACAACUCUUGGGUCUCAGCAGUAGCUUUCGACCCAUGGCGCUGCGACCAGAAGACUUAUCGGUUCGGCAGUGUCGGCGACGAUUGUCGGUUGCUGCUGUGGGAUUUCAGCGUGGGCAUGCUCCACCGACCACGCGCGCAUCACCAAAACUCAACCCGGCAGCACCGAAGUAGUAUCGUUGGGCCUGGCUCACUGUCCAUGCAUCGCAACCGGACCGAUAGCGGUGGCACCAGGUUUAGAUCCGACUCAGAUCGAACUGAUAAGUUCAUCGAUGGGGAUAUAGACCACGUGGAGAACCACCCAGUUGAGCCCCGAUCGCGGACUGCGUUGUUGCCGCCGAUCAUGUCCAGAAUUGUCGGCGAAGAUCCAAUCUGCUGGCUCGGCUUCCAGAAUGAUUGUAUUAUGACAUCCUCGCUUGAAGGUCACAUCCGCACCUGGGACCGACCCAGCGACAGCGUUAUUCACGCAUGA